AUGGAUCGCACAGUUGAGCGGGCGAAGGUUUCGCUCAUAAAUUUCUUGUUGGAGGUGACGCCCCCGCUGCUUGGGUGCAGUCGCCAGCAGCUGCAGAAGCUGCUUUCGACGCAAGCAGAGACAGUUCUGAAACCCUUCUUAGUGGAGCAGCAACCUGGGGUAUUGAUUAUAGGCAAGGAGGUUUCGCGUGAAACCGUUGGUAGUGGCAAGACACCUGAAGAAGGAGGGCAGCCGGUGUCUCCUAACUUCGACGCGGAUGACGAAGAAGAAAAUUACAACUUAUACGUGGACCUUGGAUUUGUUGCUAAAGCAGGAGGCAGAUCGUGCAGCAUUGCAUUUAUUAAGCGGCCUGGAUUUAGCUUAGCUGAUGAAAAACCUGCAGAGCCGGAGGCACCGGCAGGGCAGGAUGGCGCAGGGAGAGCGACUCACAUCGUCACGAAGCCUAUUGGCCCCCAACUUGCACUCAUGCGGUGUGGCUUUGGAGAAGAGGAGAGCCUUCUGGACGUGACGGAGAUGUACAUGCAGCGCGGCUUCGGCCCACUGCUGAAGAGCGCGACCGAAGAGGAAACUGCAUCAGCUGCUGCUGAUGGUGGCGCCGACGGCGCAGCAACAGAAGAAGCAGCAGCUCGCGCCUCGCAUGGUAUGCAGACUGUUAGCAAGAAGCUCAGGGAGUUGGUGCUAGCGGUUCAGCAGGCCCAACAAAAUGUUGAUAUUCCCCUCAUUGAGUUACCCAUCGACUCGGUUAUCAAAGCAGCUGUCGUGAAGGCAGCAGCUGAAAAGCGCAAACCCGCAGUUGAAGACUUGGGCGACAAGCUGCAAGACAGCACAUACCUCAUUGCACUGCAAAGCCACGUCAACCGGUGGAUCAAAGACAUCCAAAAGGUCUGCAGAAUGCAACGAGACCCGAGCACUGGCACAGCUGCGGAAGAAGUUAACUUUUGGUUGGGGUUUGAGAGGGCACUGAAGCACGUGGAGGAUCAGCUGAAGACAACGGAAGCAGAGUUCACGUUGACAGUUUUAAAGCACACGCGUAAAGUUUUUGCCACUAUGUCUUUCGAGCAAGACUCAGGCUUGAAGCAGGCAACGGAAAUCGUGCAGAACACGAAUAUCCUCAUGCGUGAUUUCCCUCUCAACGACUUGUGUAGCGCCCAAACUGUUGAACAGCUGACGCAGGCGGUGCGCACCAUCUUUGCUCACCUAAGAAAGCUGAAAAAUGCAACGCUUUAUCCCUUAAGCAGAGCGUACUUCUUGGUUGAGGCUCUCAGUAGAGACCUCUCUACUCAGUUACUUAGCAUCACCUCAAGGCAGAAUUUGAUAGCGAUGGCCUAUGAGGAGUUCGAGCACACAGCCGCCGGCUGUUCCGAGUUGUUUAGGACUUGGGACGAAGAAGUGCGGCAUUUCCGAGAAACAGUGAGGGAACUUUCAAAGAAAAGAGGCCUUAACGAGAGGCCGCCCUCCAAACUCGUGUGCGAACACGUUGUAUUGCAAGAACGUAUUGUCGAAGUGCGGCAGUUCCGGCGUCAACACCACCGGCUGAAGGAGGUGUUGAACCGCGUGUUGGGCGACGGAAGCGGUAGGGAUGUGGCUGCACAGAAAGACAUCGCUGCAGCAUAUCAAAUCAUCGAAGCUCUGGAUGUCUUGGACGUGAGUCGCACGGGAGAAGAGGCAUGGGAGGCAGGCCAAAAGGCUUAUGACACGCGCAUUGAUCGUGUGGAGUCACAGAUAACGGCGAAACUGCGAGAUCGUCUCGGGGCCUCAAAGACGUCAGCUGAGAUGUUUCGCGUCUUCUCGCAGUUCAACGCGCUCUUUUUCAGGCCGCGUAUCAGAGGUGCCAUCCAGGAGUACCAGACCAAACUUAUUCAGGUUGUCAAGGAGGAUCUGAAACGCCUGCAAGGCAUCUUUCUUGAUGGACAUCAAAAGGUGGAGUCAAACACGAUGGCAGAUGUGCGUGAUAUGCCCCGAGUUGCAGGCAUGAUCGUCUGGGGGAAGCAAGUGGAAAGAAGACUAGAUGCGCUUGUACAGCGGAUUCAGGACGUUCUCGGCAAGGGGUGGGAGCAGCACGUUGAAGGACAGAAGCUGAAACUCGAUAUUGAUUUCUUUCGCGCCAAACUCAACCCCCAGGAACACUUCGAUAACUGGCUGAAUGUUGUCCGGGACCAGAAACGGCUGGACACUGGAGAGAGGAUCUUUGUUCUGCAAGACUGGGGGGCAGGCCGGUUGGAAUUAGCUGUGAACUUCGACAGAGAUAUGCUGACGUUGUUCAAGGAGGUUCGGCUGCUCUCAUCACUUCAAUUUCGCGUUCCGUAUUCUGUCAAAGUCAUGGCAGACGAGGCGAAGGUAUUGUACCCGUUUGCUAUAACCCUUCAAGAAGUACUGAGAACAUACAUGGAGUCCAGUGCGCGGGUUGGAGACACCAUUUCGACCUGCGCAUCUUCCGAGGAGACUGAAGGAGGCGAGGAGGAAGCAGCCGUUGCCCUACUUGUAGCUGCGUAUCAACGCGAUUGCCAGGUCAAAAUCGCUGAGGGCAUGAACCUCAUGUGGGACUCAGACCGCCUGGAAACGUACGUCAGACGCCUUGCAGAAAUAGUCUACAUCUUCGAGGCGAAGGCCGAAUUCGCCCUGCAGCAGCACGAGAAGGCAAUCAAGGAGAUCGACACACUGAAAGACAAGCCAAUUGAUGCCCCGUACCAAGACAUCCUCGCGGUGCUGCAAAACGUGCAAAAGUUGAUUGAAGAACAGCAUCUGCAGAACUACUCCAACAUACGCGAUUGGACUAAAGUGUUGGAGAGUCGAGUGGAGGCAAUUUUAACACAACGACUCGUUAAACUUGUGGAGGAGUGGACGUUGCAGUUCGAGGAUUGGCCGAACAAGGGCACUGCCCUCAUUCAAAAUGGACUUGUCUUAGAAAUCCAAGUAAAGAAUCAAGUGCUGCAAGUACAUCCCGUCGUAGAGGCGGCGCGUCAACUGUGGAUGGGCAGCCUGAACCGCGUGGUGGCGUCCGUGUGUCUGCUGCCCCGUUUUAACUCGCGAAACAGCUCAAGACCCCUGAAGUUUGGUGGGGAGCCGACGGCGUGGGACUAUGACGAUAUUGACGAGGAAAACCUGCAAGACGACGACCCGAUGAAACCCCAGUCGCGCGGCACCUACAGAAGUAUCGCCUCGCGGAUUCCACCUGAUGUCAUGGAUAAGGCGCAUGCAGCCAUUGACAGGGUGAUGGAAAAGGUCGAAGAUUACGUAGCCAACUGGAUGCACUAUCAGGUUCUCUGGGAUGUAGAUGUAAGCGAAGUGUUGGGGAAGCUAGGAGACGACAUCGAGACCUGGCAACAGCUGCUGAAUGAAAUAAAACAAGCACGGAGCCCCUUUGACAAUAGCGAGGCGCGUAUAAUGUGCGGUCCCACUAUCGUAGAUCACCACCAGGUGCAGGCAAAGUUGAACACGCGCUAUGAUGCCUGGCACCGCGACAUUCUGCAUGCCUUUGGGCAGAAGGUGGCAGCAAACGCCAGUUCAGUGUUUACUUCUCUACACGCAAUGGUAGUUGACCUCGAAGAACAGGGUCAGACAGCAGACCCUACUGACACGACUAUGAACGCGGCAACAUUUCUUUCGAUGUCAGAGGCACAGAUGUCAGCUCUCAUUAGCAGCCAAGGGCUUAUUGGAGAUGAACUUAUCUCCAAUAUCGUGUCAAACCUCACCAAGUUUCUUCUGAAGCUGCAGGAGGCGAGCAAGCUAGAGCCCAAGUGGAGUGCCACGAUUGACACAUUGAGAGCGAGUGAACGUUUGCUAGAGCGGCAGCGCUACACUUUUCCAAGUGACUGGCUCUGGACAGACAGAAUCGAAGGGGAGAUGGAGAUGUUUACGCAGCUGCUGAGACACCAAGGAAUGAUGGUAGAGCAAGUGCGAGAACAACUCAUUGCUCUAGUGACGCAGUUUGCGGCCAGUUUGCAGGAGAAACUUCAGCAGCUCUACUCCGACUGGAUGCUGCAGCGUCCUGUACGCGACGACAUAGCCCCCGGGCAUGCCAUGAACAUCUUAAGGAAGUAUGAGCAGCAGCUUGAAAAGAUUACAUCGGAUUAUGAAUGCGGGGAGAAAGCGAAAGCCGUCUUGGGCGUCGAAGACACUGCAUUUGGCCCUGGAGGGGAGGCGUUCUCCCCCUCAGCACUCGCUGAAGAAAUUGCAGAUAUGAAGGGGGUUUGGCAAGCACUAGGCGGGUUGCACACAGAGCUAGGGGCUCUUCGAGAAACCUUGUGGGCUGUUGUAGUGCCAAAGCAAAUCCGAAGUGCGUUGGAGUCGCUGCUGGAAAGGAUCAAACAAAUACCCGCCAGGUUCCGGCAGUACGAGGCUUUUGAGGAGUUGAAGCAAAAAAUUAAUAAGUUCCUCUCACUGAAUAUGCUGAUCACUGACAUGAAGACCGACUCGCUGAAAGAGAGGCAUUGGAAGCUGAUCCUCUCCAAACUCAAAAUACGCAAAUCUCUUACAGACAUGACCAUAGGAAACCUGUGGGAUGCUGAUCUGUCUGCAAACGAAGCGGAUAUUCGAGACGUCUUGGUGCAGGCCCAAGGCGAGUCCGCUUUGGAAGAGUUUUUGCGGCAAGUGAAAGACUCGUGGAGAGAACGAGAAUUCAUCAUGGUGCCCUGCGGAGGCAAAUGCAAAGUCAUCAAAGGAUGGGAAGAACUCUUCCAAACCAUCGAUGACCAACUCGCCUCCAUCCAGUCCAUGAAAAUGUCCCCCUUCUUCAAGAUAUUUGAAGAGGAAGCGCUUACGUGGGACGAGAAGCUGAACAGGUUGCGCACCCUUUUGGAUAGUUGGGUGGAAGUACAGCGCAAGUGGCUGUACCUCGAGGGGGUUUUUUCCGGUUCCCAAGACAUUCAGAUGCUUCUUCCUGCGGAGCACCAGAGAUUCAGGGGAAUCGACGCAGAGUUCAAGGGCAUAAUGAAGAAGGCCGACACUACCAAAGUAGUGCUGGAGGUAGCGUCGACGGAGGGCCUUGCCCGUCAGCUGGAGAGGUUGUCGGAUAUGCUAUCGCGGAUUCAAAAGGCCCUCGGAGAGUACCUUGAAAAGCAAAGGGAGCAGUUUUCUCGUUUCUACUUUGUGGGAGACGAAGACCUCCUAGAAAUGAUUGGAAAUGCAAAAGACGUCAAACUUGUGCAGCGCCACAUUAGCAAACUAUUCGCGGGGAUUGCAGCCCUGGAGACCGACUCAGAAGAUCCGACAACAAUUACUGCAAUGAUCUCGAGGGAGGGAGAAGUCGUUCCUUUUAUCAACGGGGUUUCUAUACUGCAGUAUGCAUCCUUGAAGGACUGGAUGAGCGCCGUGGAGCUGCAGAUGACUGUUUCAUUGGCUGAUAACGUUUCUAGGGCCCUUCGAACUCUGGAGCAAUUCGACCUGGCCGAGGUGACAACGGCAGCCCCAUCAGGCAGCGAUCCUUUGGAAAAUCCGUUCGUGAAAUGGAUCAAAGACUUCCCGCUACAAGCGCUCCUACUGGCAAUGAACAUCCGCUGGACAAAGAAAUGCGAAGCGGCGUUGUCAUCGGAUGAUCCUCAUCAAGCAACAAAUUCUGAACAGACAGAACACCCGCUUGAAGCGUCUGCCUUGAAGGACUGCGUUGCACUCCUCGGAUUCCUGGCUGACCGCGUUGUUCAGGAUGUCGGUCCCUUGAUACGCAAUCGAAUCGUUCACAUGAUCACAGAAGUGGUACACCAGAGAGAUGUCUGCAGGUCUUUAGUGAGGAAUAAGGUGAUAUCUAGGAAGGACUUUAAAUGGCUUGAAUGCAUGCGCUUCUACUUCACGCAUCCUUCACCUUCGGGCCCCAUCAUUCCUCAGGGUCUUCUCAAAGUGUGCAUGGCGGAUGCCACGUUCGACUAUGGCUUCGAAUACUUGGGAAUGGCGGAGAGACUCGUACAGACGCCCUUGACGGACAAGUGCUUCCUAACUCUGACUCAAGCCCUUAAAAUGAAACUGGGGGGCAACCCAUUUGGCCCUGCAGGGACCGGCAAGACGGAGUCGGUGAAGGCUUUGGGGUCUGCCUUGGGGAGGUACACGUUGGUGUUUAACUGCGACGAGACAUUCGAUUUCAACGCAAUGGGCCGUCUUUUUUCGGGUUUGUGUCAAGUGGGAGCAUGGGGAUGCUUCGAUGAGUUUAACCGUCUAGAUGAAAGGAUUCUCUCUGCCGUUUCAGAACAGAUUCUCACAAUCCAGAUUGGGCUUCGCGAAGGGCGGAAGGAAAUAGAGUUGCUUGGGAAGUCAACAAAGCUGAACACCAACGUUGGAAUCUUCGUCACGAUGAACCCCGGCUACGCUGGACGUUCGAACUUGCCAGACAACUUAAAGCAGCUGUUCCGAGAGGUGGCGAUGAUUAAACCGGACAAGCAGCUUAUUGCUCAGGUUACUCUGUACGCACAGGGUUUUCGCUCCGCCGAGCGAUUGUCGAGCAAGAUCAUUUCCCUGUAUGACUUGUGCGAUAGACAGCUUUCUAAGCAGCCCCACUACGAUUUCGGGCUGCGCUCCCUCAAGAGUGCACUCAGCUCUGCUGGCAAUCUGAAGCGGCAGCUGCUUCAGGAAGAAGCGGGGGCAGGGACAGUUGUGGACGAUCCAGAAGUGGUGGAGUCGGUGGAGCAGAAACUUCUCAUCCGGUCUGUCACCGACACCGUUGUGCCGAAACUCGUAGCUCAGGAUGUUCCUCUUCUUCGGAGUCUGCUGAUGGGGGUGUUCCCAGGGGCCGACAUUCCUGCCCUGGAGGAAAAGAUAUUGUUGGACGAAAUCGAACGCCUCUGCGAAGCGCGCUUCCUGGAGGCGAAGGGUGAGUGGCUGGAAAAAGUGCUGCAGCUGUACCAAAUUCAAAGGCUGCAGCAUGGUGUGAUGCUAGUAGGCCCCGUAGGCACCGGGAAGUCCGCUGCGUGGCGCGUGCUGUUGGAUGCGAUGGAAAAAGUUGACGGCAUAAAGGGGAUGUCGUACGUCUUGGACCCCAAGGUGGUGGCGAAAGAGCAACUAUAUGGCAAGCUCGAUUCCACAACAUUAGAGUGGCAAGACGGAGUUUUCACUGCAGUGCUACGCAAGAUCCUCGCAACGACACAGGAGGCAGGGAGUGGCGCCCCCCAAAAGAGGCAUUGGAUUGUGUUUGACGGAGACGUCGAUCCCGACUGGGCAGAGAAUCUCAACUCAGCUCUGGAUGACAACAAGCUACUAACUCUUCCUAAUGGCGAAAGGCUGGAAAUUCCAAACUGCAUUCGUCUCCUCUUCGAAGUAGAAACCCUCAAAUACGCCACCCUUGCUACUGUCAGUCGCUGUGGCAUUGUAUGGUUCGCGAGCUCCGUGCUUCCUGACGAAGUCGUGUUCCAGCAUCACCUAGAUGAAAUAGCUGCUGGCUCAGCUGCAACGGAAGUAAUACUUCAAGGGGUGGGAGGGCAGGCAAAGGGCAUCGACCGCAGUGGCUCGAGCCGAACGAUUUCUCGUGAAUUUACACGAUCGGCUUCUCACAUUAUUUCGAAGGGAAGUGUCGCGAAACUGGCAUCCAAGUCAACCAUGCUGGGCGCAGGGGUAUCAGGCGGCAGGGGAGCUGCAGAAGCUGUUGCACAGGGUAUAAAAGAGCGCUGCGUGACCAUCCUUCAGCCUUUCUUUUGUGAUGGGGGAUUUGCAAGUCAGUGCCUAGACAGGGCAAUGAAGCACCAGCACAUCAUGGAAUUCACUAGGAUCAGGUGCGUCGAGAGCAUGUUUUCGCUCUUGAAAAAAGGAAUUAAUCGCAUUGUUGAGAAGAAUGAAGAACUGCGAUCAACGGGGGAAUCUAUGGAUGACGACCUCAUAGCACAGUUCAUCACAAAGGCAAGAAGCUGCUUCUGGUGCGAAGAAGUAGCGAGCAUUUGCGACCUGCCCCUGCCUGCUGCCCUUACAUCUGACGAUGCAAGGGGACAAACCCUCCUGGACUUUGAACCGUCCCUUGAAGACGGGCAGUGGCAUCCAUGGAAGGCGCGGGUUCAACAGAUGGAAAUCGAUACCCAGCAGGUGAAGGACGCCUCCCUUGUCAUUCAAACAGUGGACACCUUACGACAUCGUGAUGUUGUCGAGGGAUGGCUCGAAGAGAAAAAGCCGUUCAUUCUCUGUGGCCCGCCUGGCUCGGGAAAGACGAUGACGCUCACGGCAGUCUUGAAGGAGCGUGCGGACUUUGACGUGGCGUUUCUCAACUUCUCCUCCGGAACCACUCCAGACUUGUUAUUCAAGACUUUUGACCACUACUGCGAGCUCACGAAAACUGCAGCAGGAGGAAUGGUCAUGAGACCCCUUGUCCCUGGACGAACUCUCAUCAUCUUCUGCGACGAGUGCAACCUCCCCUCGCCGGAUAAGUACGGCACGCAACACGUUAUAAUGCUGAUUCGCCAAAUUGCAGAGUCGGGAGGCUUUUGGCGAUCGAUGCCACAGCUCCAGCAGGCAUCGCCUUGGGUGUGGAUUCGCGUGGAAGGAGUACAGUUUGCAGGAGCAUGUAAUCCUCCUACGGAUGCGGGCCGUCACCACAUGAGCAAUCGCUUUCUUCGGCAUGCGCCCAUUAUAUUCGUCGAUUUCCCAGGAAAGGAAUCGCUUAUCCAGAUCUACAGUACUUUCAACAGGGCACUUCUGCGGCCUUAUCCUGGGCUGUUCCCAUCUGCCGACGCCCUUACCAUGGCAAUGGUGGAGUUCUACACCUCUUUCUCAAGCACAUUCACAGUUGACCAGCAGCCUCACUACAUAUAUUCCCCAAGAGAGCUAACUCGUUGGAAGCUGGCGUUGGCAGAGGCGCUUGAGGGGGGAGCGAGAUCAGAUUCUGAAGCGAUCAGGAAGGCAUCAUCUGGUGAAACAGGCUGGGGACGGGGUGAACCACUCGGCGGCACAACUGAUAACACCGAAAUGACCCUCACGCAGCUCGUCAGGACCUAUGCCCACGAGGGUUUGAGGAUUUUUAGCGACCGGCUGGUGACAGAAGCAGAGAGGGAGGAGACCGACAAGAUGCUGGAUGCAAUCGUCCAAGCGCAUUUCCCCAGCGUUAGCGAAGCAGCUCUACAGCGGCCUAUCCUCUUUACCAGUCUGGCUAGUCGCCAGUAUUGUGAGGUUUCUAUGCCUGCUCUGCGUUCUUUGCUGCAAGGGAAGCUGCGUGUGUUCAAUGAAGAAGUGUUUCAGGUGCAGCUGGUGUUCUUCGAUGAAGUUCUGCACCAUGUGGCACGGAUUGACAGAGUGCUCCGGCAGCCACUGGGGCACCUGUUAUUGGUAGGCGCCUCAGGAGCGGGGAAAACGAUUCUAACAAAGUUCGUUUCUUGGAUGAAUGGUCUAAGCAUAUUCCAGAUAAAAGCAGGCAGGAACUACAGCACAGCUUCCUUCGAGCAGGACCUUCGGGUGGUGAUGAAGCGCGCAGCUCUUAAAGAGGAGAAGAUUGCGUUUGUCAUUGACGAGUCCAAUGCAUUAGGGCCAGCCUUCCUUGAAAGAAUGAAUGCUCUUCUCGCAUCAGGCGAAGUGCCUGGACUUUUCGAAGGCGACGAGUACACGGCCCUUAUCAAUGAAUGCAAGGCAGCUUACGGGAGCGACUACUUGGGCAGCGGGGAAUCAUCCGAACUGUUUGCACGUUUCACGAAGCAAGUGCAGAGGAACCUGCACAUUAUUUUCACGAUGAAUCCUGCGAACCCUGACUUCUACAAUCGUCAGGCAACCUCACCCGCCUUGUUCAACAGGUGCGUCAUUGACUGGUUUGGCGAUUGGGCUCAACCAGCCAUGGAGCAAGUGGCAUUUGAAUUCACUGACUCCAUCGAACUCCUCCCAGACAGCUUCACUCCAGAUGCCACUGUGGGCGCGAAGCCAAUCAGCAGCAUUAGGCGGGAGACAGCACCUGACGAAUCGGAUGAAGAAAUGAACGCGGAUGCAGAUGACCUCGCCCGCCGCAGCAGACUCGCCACAGCCAUUGUAUCUUUCCACCACGCAGUUGCCAAGAGCAACGCUAUCCUUUCAAAGAGUGGCCGCAAGUCGAACUAUAUGACGCCGCGCGACUUCCUUGACUUCCUUCAUCAUUUCCGAGGGCUUGUUGCCGAAAAGAACGAUGCUAGCGGAGAACAACAGCAUCACCUGCAAGCCGGUUUGCAAACUCUCGCACAAGUAGAAAGACAGGUUGGAGAAAUGAGGACAGAGCUCACAGAAAAGGGUGCAGUGCUUGCAGAGAAGAACGACGAGGCUGAGAAAAAGAUGCAGCAAAUGAUCGACCAGCAAGCAGAAGCUGAAGACAAGAAGAAAGGUGCAGAAGUGCUUGCGCGCAAACUCGAUGAGCAGACUGGCAUCAUCAACGAACGUAGAGCAGUCGUAGAGGCACAAUUGAGCGAGGUGGAACCGCUGCUGAGAGAAGCGGCUGAGGCGGUCACAAACAUUCCAAAGAAGAGUCUUGAUGAACUCAAGAGUAUGGCAAACCCCCCAGCCAUGGCCAAGGUGGCCGUGGAGGCUGUUGCUGUCCUCAUCACAGAUGCAGGGGAAAAAGCCGUCUCAUGGGAAGACGCAAAAAAGAUUUUGAAGGCAUCUGACUUUAUUUCAAAGGCAAGGCAGAGCUUCAUUCUGAACUUCGACUGCGCUUCCGUUAGCCCUGCAACUCGGCGGAGGAUCCAAACGAAGUUUUUGACGGGUGAUUGGGACAUUGAGCGAAUCAACAAGGCAUCUCGCGCGGCAGGCCCUCUCGCUCAGUGGGUCGAAAGUAGCGUAAAGUUUGUGUUGAUUAGUGAGCAGGUGGAACCACUGCAGACUGAAAUCGCUCAGCUAGAGACUGAAGCGCAAGAGAACGAGGCGAAUUUGCAGGAGCAGCAAUCCCUCAUCACACAGCUGGAGGGCAAACUGCAGCAAUACAAACAAGACUACGCUCAAUUGAUAAGUCAGGUUCAAAGCAUAAAGCGAGAGAUGGAGGAGGUGCAGAAGAAGUGCGCGCGUUCGAUGUCGCUGCUGGAGAACCUUGGAUCCGAGAAGAACCGGUGGUUUGAUCAGUUGGAACAGCUUAAACUGGCUACUCAAACCUUCAUCGGCGACAGUUUGCUGGCCGCAGCUUUCUGUGCGUACUUGGGCUUCUUUGAAUACGCGGACCGUCACCGGCUCCUGGAGGAGUGGAGGGCAGUGCUGCAGAGGGAGUGCAUUCGAUGCCGCAAUGAUCUCUCAUUUGUAGACUUUCUCUCCACACCUUCAGAGCGAUUGCAAUGGGCGGCGCAUUCGCUACCCCCUGACGAUCUUUCUGUUCAGAACGCCAUCAUUCUAAAGCGGUUUCUGCGUUACCCCCUCAUUAUUGACCCUGCAGGUCAAGCAAUACAUUUCUUGACGUCAUUUUUGUCAUCUAACAAGCUGUCGAAGACGUCCUUCUUGGACUCGAACUUCCUCAAGGCGUUGGAAAGCAGUUUGCGCUUUGGUUCUACUUUGGUCAUUCAAGACGUUGAAAAGGUCGACCCUAUUCUGAACCCCGUGCUCAACAAAGAAACGCACAAGCUUGGAGGCCGUGUUUUGAUUACUGUCGGCGAUUCAGAGAUCGAUUUGUCUCCUGCCUUCUCCAUGUACCUCGCCACACGGGACCCCACCGCUCAAUUCACACCCGACAUCUGCAGCCGUGUCACAAUAAUAAACUUCACCUUGACGCCCUCGUCGCUGGUGAACCAGUGUCUUAAUAUCAUACUGAAGAGCGAGAGAGCAGACAUUGACAAGAAGAGGUCAGACAUGCUCAAACUGCAGGGAGAAUUCAAGGUGAAGAUACGCGAACUCGAAGACGCUUUGCUCCUUGCGCUAUCAAAUGUGAAGGGGAACAUCUUAGAUGACGACUCCGUGAUGUCUUCAAUGGAAAUGCUCAAGCGCCAGGCUGCAGAAGUCGCAGCAGAAGCCGCUCAUACAGAAGAAAUCAUGGCAGAAGUCGACCAAACGAGCAACAUGUACUUGCCAUGGGCCCUUGCCGCGGGCCGCAUUUACUUUACGCUGCUCAAUCUAUCUUGCGUCUCUCCUGUUUAUCAGUACGACCUCCGUUUCUUUUUAGGCAUUUUGCACGACACGCUAACGGGGGCGGCUGGCCUAAGCGAGUUGAAGAAAACAGAUUACUCCGAAAGGCUAGCUGUUCUUUUGUCGGGUCUUUUCUCAACGACCUUCAAGCGAGUCGCCUACGGCCUGGGGUAUUACGACAGACUCGUGUUUGCAUUGCAGCUGUGUUUCAUCAGGACUGAGCUUGACUUGGGUACCCCACUGGAUUUGCCCGAGCUACAGUUGCUCCUGCAGGGGUUCGUAGAGGAUCGGGCAGCUGCUUCUCCGGCAUCAUGGACAACGACGCUUCAUGGCGAGCUGACAGCCGAGCAGAUGAAGGCGCUGCAGAAAUUGUUGGCGCUUCCGUGUUUUUGUGGCCUCCAGGAGCAUAUGGAGACCCACGAGAAGGAAUGGGUUUCUAUGCUCCAGUCAUCUGCCCCUGAAGCGAACUUCCCCAAUGAUGUCUUCACAGCGGAACCCCAUUCGCAUGCAGACAAAAAGAUAGGCAGUGCCGGCACGAUUACUCUUGGAGAGUGGAUCACCUUACUGCGCCAGCUUCUGGUGCUGAGAGCGUUGAGGCCUGACCGCGUGACUUGCGUCCUAAUAGAACUGUGUGAAAGUGUCUUGGGCAAGGACUUUCUUACGGUUCCUGAACUGACACAAGACCUCCUGAGAGAAGUGGUUGAGAAGCAGGCAAGCAAUACAUCGCCGGUUCUUUUUGUGUUAUCUCCCGGUUCAGACCCCAGCAGCCUUGUGGCACAGCUCGCUGCCGCUGUCCAGCAGCCGAUUAGCUCUGUAGCAAUGGGCAGUAAGGAGGGGUUCGAGUUGGCAGAUAAGGCGAUUGCCAAGGCUACUCGGCAAGGAACUUGGGUGCUGUGCAAGAACGUGCACCUUUCUCUUAAGUGGCUCCAGGACCUAGAAACGAACUUGCACCGUGGCCAGGCGCACACGAACUUCCGUCUGUUCCUGACUAUGGAGUACAACCCAAAAGUGCCUGCCACUCUGGUAAGGGCGUCUUGUACUUUUGUUUUCGAGCCUCCACUCGGCAUCAAGGCGUCCCUGUACAGGUCGUAUGCGAUGCUCUUCGGCGCCAGCGCGAGCCGAGGUACCUCUAGUCGAAGUGCUUCCCAAGCUCAGCCCGUCCAGGCCCCUGCCGCAGCUCGCUGUCGGCUGCAGUUCCUCCUUGCUUUCCUGCAUGCGAUUAUAUUGGAAAGGCGCAGAUACGCGCCGGUUGGGUGGUGCAAGCUCUACGAGUUUUCAGAAGCCGACCAGAAGUGUGCAUUGAGCAUUGUAGAUUCAUGGCUUGCAGCCGUAGCGCAGCGUGGCGACACAGUUUCUGACCAUGUAGCGCCUGAGAGGAUCCCCUGGCCUGCAAUUCGGACUUUGAUCGCUCAAGUGUGUUACGGAGGAAGGCUAGACAAUGCUGUCGAUGAACGAGUAUUGCGUUCAUUUGUAGACUACUUGUUCCGUCCGGAGGCAUUUGAGUCAGACUUCUGUCUCAACAUGCCGAGUGUUGGGAAGGGAGGCGACGCGUCCAGUUCCGACGCUCUGCGAGCCCCAGCUGAGCUAUACAAGACGCACGAGCAGUACUUAGAAUGGGUAGACUCAUUACCCCAGCGAGACAUGCCCGCUUGGAUCGGAUUCAAUUCCCGCGCCGAGUGGCUGCUGGCUGCCCGCCAGGCUCAGAGGUGCGUCACCAACUGGUCAACGUUGCUCCUGCGGGGCAAGGAAGAAGAUUUGGACUUCCACUCUAUAGCGGAGAGCAUCCUCAAGAAGGGCCUUAAGAAGCAGAAGAGCACUGCAGCAGUUGACGAAGCAGAGCCAGACGAGGCGCCCAAAACCUCUUGGCUCACGCUGCUCGUCCCUGUGGUGCAAGCCUGCCUUACUACGUUGCCAGACAAGCUUCCUGUCUUACAGCGAACAGACGCGAUGGUGCAAAAUCCAAUGUUCCGAUGCUUCGAGCGUGAAUUGGCUGUGGGUGCAAGGCUUUGUAAGCAGAUCCGCGAUUCCCUUGGGGAGCUUCUGCUGGUCUGCAAAGGCGAACUGAAGAUCACGAACUCUUUGCGCGACCUGGCGAGUCAGAUAUCUUCAUCGAGAGUUCCGCCGGAGUGGAGUCAGGUGUACGUCUCUGCGCAGGAGCUGACGGUGAAGGAGUGGCUAGAAGACUUCAGUCGUCGGCUCGCGCAGCUAACGAUGGUAUCUCGCGAGUUUGGUACAGAGGAGGAGCAGCAGGACGUUCAGACAGAGGCGGCCAUGCACUUGCUUUCACGACAGCGCGACAACGGCCAACUAACGCAGUGGAGAGUUUGGCUAGGUGGCCUCUUCUUUCCUUCAGCGUACCUCACUGCAACCCGUCAGGCGGUGGCGCAGGCCAAGGGAUGGUCGCUGGACGAUCUUGCCGUGGAGGUUAUUGUGGGCGCUUUGGAGGCAAAAGACGAUCAGUGUUUCACCAUCACGGGACUGACUGUCGAAGGCGCAGCCUGGAACACAUCUGAAGCGUGUUUAGACGUCACGCAGACCUUGGCGUCCAACUUGCCGCCUAUGGUCAUGCGGUGGUACCACAAAGCAGACGGCUGCAAAUUCAAGCAGGCGGGAGUGACGUACAUCUCUACUCCCCUGUUUCUGAACAGGGCUCGAAAAGAUCUCGUGGCGUUCGUCGACUUGCCAGCUCACGCCCAGUACCCGCCUUCUCUGUGGGUACAGCGGGGCACGGCAGUAUUGUUGUGGAGUGACUUCUAA